UAAAAUCCUGUCCCUGCCACUGUGUCUGCGUGUGCGUGUGUCACUGUCAUUCUCUUUGGAGAACAAACCCAUUCCCUUUGGACUCUUGCUUCCUACAACCAUUUUCCUUCGAUGCUCUCUCUCUUCUCCCAAACCAAAAAAAGUACAAUUCUUCCUUUCCUUUUCACCAGCCCCACUCCACACGUUCUGAAUCCCAAGCCACCUUUUUUCCUUUGAUCAAACCCCUAAAUGUCUCUACCUUUUGGUGGGGCAAGCUAACCCUUCCUCUAGGGUUCUCCUUUUCUUACCGCCUCAUACCCAUUCUCAUUUUUUGUUCUUAACUUGCCCUUUUCUUUUUGUUAGCCUCUCAUCACAAUUUCCUCCCCAAAAUCCCAUUUUUCCCCCCUCCUCAUCACUAGGGUUUGUUUUUCUCUCCUCAUGUUUCUCAAAGUUUCAACCUUGGAGCCACAUUGAGCUUUACUUUCUGCAUUUUCUCCUUCUGGCCUUGUUUAGCUUUCAUUUCCAAACAUGGGUUGUGUCCAUGGCAAGUGCUGUAGCCGUUACCCUACACCGUCAGUGGGUGGGUCUAGAGACUACGGAGAACUUGGUCCUUACUCUGCCCAAAGGAAGCACAUUCUCACCCAGAGUUCAUUGCAAUUUGUUCCUGUCCCUUCCCAUAACUUCACUUUGGAAUACUCUGUGCUCACUCAGAGGGGUUACUAUCCUGAUUCACCCGAUAAGGAAAACCAAGACAGUUUCUGCAUUAGGACACAGUUUCAAGGUAGUCCAAGUGUCCAUUUCUUUGGUGUCUAUGAUGGGCAUGGGGAAUUUGGCACCCAGUGUUCCAACUACGUUAAGGAUAGGUUGUUGGAAAAUUUGUCAAGUGACUUUGCAUUGUUGGAGGACCCUGUUAAGGCCUACACUUCAGCAUUCUUGACAACAAAUAAUGAAUUGCAUCAGAAUGAGAUUGAUGAUUCCUUGAGUGGCACCACUGCAAUUACGGUGCUGGUUAUUGGGGACACCCUUUAUGUUGCUAAUGUUGGUGAUUCGAGAGCAGUGCUGGCUGUUAAAGAUGGGAACCGGGUUGUUGCUGAGGACUUGUCCUCUGAUCAGACACCAUUUAGGAAAGAUGAGUAUGAGAGAGUGAAGCUUUGUGGGGCGAGGGUGUUGAGUUCUGACCAGGUUGAAGGGCAUAAGGAUCCGGAUAUUCAGAAUUGGGGUGAUGAAGAGAGUCACGGUGAUGAUCCUCCUAGGUUGUGGGUUCAGAAUGGGAUGGUUCCUGGGGCUGCUUUUACAAGGAGUGUAGGGGAUGAGUUGGCUGAGACUAUUGGUGUCAUUGCCGUUCCUGAGGUGUCAACGGUUCAGCUUACACCUAACCAUCUUUUCUUUGUUGUUGCAAGUGACGGUGUAUUUGAGUUCCUAUCAAGCCAAACUGUUGUUGAUAUGGCAGCAAGUUAUUCAGAUCCUCGCGAUGCAUGUGCUGCCAUUGCUGGAGAGUCUUAUAAACUAUGGUUAGAACAUGAGGGUCGAACAGAUGAUAUAACAAUUAUCAUUGUCCAGAUCAAAGGCCUGUCUAAUUCGGGUACAUCUGGACUUGGAUCAGGUGAGAUAAAUGUCAGUGCUGUAACGCGGACCAAGAGCAAGAGGGUGAAGGGAGCAUCUGAGAUAUCUGCUACUACUGGGUUAGAUGUUUAUCGUUCUGUCAGGAAUGGUUUCUCUGAUUUGCAGUCAUGUCCACAGCAUGUGGUCUCAACUAAAAGCCCAGCCAUAGUUGUCCCCUCUCCAGCAUGUCAAACACCGAUUGCAUUGUGAUUGGAGAGAGGCUUUGUGGAAGCUUCACCAUGUUUCCUCAUACUUUCUCCUAGGUAGCUGGUUUGAGAUGCAUUAUCUUGGCAGCUGAAGGACCUUUUUCAGAAAACGUAGAAAGCACAAAUGAUUAAUGGUUUUUUUUCUUUUGUUCUCAACCUUUAGCUAAUUCAAGUUUCUUGUUAUUUAACCACACAAAAGCACUUCAGGAGGACACUAAAACUUGUGUUCCCAAAUAGCACUGCACCUCCACUCUCCAAAAUUUAAACUUUGGAAUGGGGUCUAUAAAUAACUUAAGAUAAAGGAGAGCCGUUGGUGACUAAUUUAAUACUUGCACUGAAUUGUAGUCAAUGGUCAACUUGGAAGGCAAGCCAUGUGCUAUUAUUUAGAAUGUAAAUCCCUUAUCCUGUGUAUCUUCUAGAAACAUAACUGAUUUUUUUUAUUGCUUUCAA